CCCCUGGGCUGCGACUUUGCCUCCAGAAAGGGGGUUUUGGGGUUUGUUUUGCAGCAGCCCUGCCCCUCAUCCGGCCCCGAACCACGGAGUCGCAGCCAGAGGAAAAAUGGCAGCAGGCCAACCACACCUGAGCAUCCAGCUGUCAGACCCGGACGCAAACGGCAUCCCCAGCGGGAAGCGGUCUCCUCCUGACUCAGCUGGCAGGGAAGGCAGCGUCCUCACCUUCCACAACAUCUGCUACCACGUGGAGAUGAAGACUGGCUUCCUGUGCUGCAAAAAAACAGCGGAGAAGGAGGUUUUGAGAGACGUCAGUGGCAUCAUGAGACCAGGCCUGAAUGCCAUUUUGGGACCCACCGGCAGCGGGAAAUCUUCUCUACUUGACAUUCUGGCAGCAAGGAAGGAUCCCCGUGGGCUUUCUGGUGACAUUUUGAUCAACGGAGCUCCUCAGCCUGCCAACUUUAAAUGUACCUCUGGAUAUGUAGUACAGGAUGAUGUGGUGAUGGGAACCUUGACCGUAAGAGAAAACCUGAAGUUCUCAGCAGCGCUUCGUUUGCCCAGGACAGUGAAGGAGCAUGAGAAGAACGAGCGAGUCGAUCAGAUCAUCAAGGAGCUGGGUUUGAGCCAAGUGGCAGAUUCAAAGGUUGGCACCCAGUUCACUCGCGGGGUGUCCGGCGGGGAGCGGAAAAGGACCAACAUUGGGAUGGAGCUCAUCACGGACCCUGCCAUCCUGUUUUUGGAUGAGCCAACUACAGGGCUGGAUGCCAGCACUGCUAACGCUGUCCUGCUGCUUCUGAAAAGGAUGGCAAAACAGGGGAAAACCAUCAUCUUCUCCAUCCACCAGCCUCGCUACUCCAUCUUCCGCCUGUUUGACAACCUGACGCUGCUGGCAGCAGGCAGGGUGUUGUACCACGGGCCAGCUCAGCAAGCCCUCUGCUACUUCCAGGCCAUUGGCUAUCAGUGUGAGCCCUACAACAACCCUGCUGACUUCUUCCUGGACGUCAUCAACGGAGACUCCACAGCCGUGGCAGGGAGUAAGGCUGAUGGACCUGACACAGGGAGCACGGAGCGGAGCAAGGAAGGGGAGAAAACCUUGGCUGAGAAUUUAGCAGAGAAAUACUCCAACUCGGCCUACUACCAAGAAACAAAAGCAGCAUUAGAGAGCAUUCCCUUGGGAAAGAGGAAGAAACCGAAGGCAGUUUUCCGGCAGAUCACCUAUGCCAACCCCUUCUUCCAUCAGCUGAAGUGGGUGUCCAGGCGCACCUUCAAAAACCUGCUGGGAAACCCUCAGGCAUCGAUAGCUCAGCUGUGUGUCACUGCUUUCCUGGGACUAGUUGUGGGCUGCAUUUUCUUUGGGCUUAAAGAGGACUUCACUGGACUGCAGAACAGGGUGGGGGCACUGUUCUUUCUGACCACCAACCAGUGUUUCAGCAGCAUCUCAGCCAUCGAGCUCUUCGUGGUGGAAAAAAAGAUCUUUCUACACGAAUAUAUCAGUGGGUACUACAGAACAUCUGUGUAUUUCAUCUCCAAGCUGAUGGCUGAUUUGAUACCCAUGAGGACCAUGCCAAGCAUCAUCUUCACCUGCAUCAUUUACUUCAUGUUGGGUUUGAAACCGACAGGAGAAGCCUUCUUCACCAUGAUGUUUACCCUCAUGAUGGUGUCCUACACAGCCACCUCCAUGGCCCUGGCCAUUGCAGCAGGGCAGAGCGUGGUGUCUGUGGCCAACCUGCUGAUGACUAUCACCUUUGUUUUUAUGAUUAUUUUCUCUGGGUUGCUGGUCAAUCUCACGAGCAUCAUGUCCUGGCUCUCCUGGCUCAAAUACUUCAGCAUCCCUCGAUAUGGAAUGACAGCUUUGCAGAUCAAUGAGUUGACUGGCUUGAACUUCUGUGGCAGCAGCAACAGGACAGGGGUGGUCAGUGGUGGCAACUACCCACAGAUCAGCCAGCCGUGGUGCACAGGAGAAGAGUAUCUGAAGAACCAAGGAAUUGAUGCAAGUAGCUGGGGCCUGUGGCAGAACCACCUGGCUCUGGCCUGCAUGACACUACUGUUCCUUGCCAUUGCCUACCUGAAGCUGCACCUCAUGAAGAAGUUCUCCUAAGGCCAGGAUGAAGACAUGAAGACCAAAAAAAAAAUAAUCCCACUGUUCAGUUGGCUGAGAAACUGACCUGGUUCUUUUGUUUUUUUUAAGAGACCUUCCUUUGUGCUUCGGUUUGGGAUGACCCAAGUUGACCCCGUGCAUGCCACCCUGGGGUGGGAAAUGCUGGGUGUUCUGGUGCUUUGCUGAGAGCUCUAGGAGGGCCUCAUUUUCUCUUUGCCACGACGAGUUUACAACUGCUCAGUUCUUCAAGAGACCGUUCAGCCUUUCUACGUGUUCUUGCUUUAAAUUUCUUAAACAACGACUCUCAUAUUUAAUGGCUCCCUCUGAAAAGAAAGAAGAUAUAAAUGGUUCCAUGCUUUGAUCAGCACAUUCACUGGCAGGUAAUUCAGCCCACAGUGGUGCUUCUCAGGACACCAGUGUAGUCUUGACUGCUGGUGUGGUCACAAUGUCUACAAGAGAGUGACAGCAACACCCUCUCCCCCCCCAGGGCACGUCUCUAUUUAGGAACAACCACUGCUCCACUGUGCUCAGCUGGUGCCAUCCAGGUUUCUUCUUACCAGGCUUGAGGGGUAGAAACACUGUUUUUACAAACAAAAGGCAACUCUGUGCUUCCUCACUCUGCCAGUUUGCAGGGUUCUUGGACUGAAAUGUGCCUUUUUCUCUCUUACCUGCAAAUCCUGCUCAGCAGCACUUCCAGCUGGGAUCUCUGCCCUUUUCACUCCCCAUCAUUAAUUCAUGCAAUAAAGUUUUGGCCUGUUGAAAAGACCU